AUGUCUGCUCCCGCCCACAAGUUCAAGGUCGCUGACCUUUCUCUGGCCGCCUUUGGCCGCAAGGAGAUUGAGCUCGCUGAGAAUGAGAUGCCCGGUCUCAUGCAGACCCGAGCCAAGUAUGCUGCUGACCAGCCUCUCGCCGGUGCCCGCAUUGCUGGCUGCCUUCACAUGACCAUCCAGACCGCCGUCCUCAUCGAGACCCUCACUGCUCUCGGUGCUGAGGUUACCUGGACCAGCUGCAACAUCUUCAGCACCCAGGACCACGCCGCCGCUGCCAUUGCCGCCGCCGGUGUCCCCGUCUUCGCCUGGAAGGGUGAGACCGAGGAGGAGUACAACUGGUGCCUCGAGCAGCAGCUCACUGCCUUCAAGGACAACAAGAAGCUCAACCUCAUCCUCGACGACGGUGGUGACCUGACCACCCUUGUCCACCAGAAGUACCCUGAGAUGCUCAAGGACUGCUUCGGUGUCUCUGAGGAGACCACCACCGGUGUCCACCACCUUUACCGCAUGCUCAAGGAUGGCAAGCUCCUUGUCCCCGCCAUCAACGUCAACGACUCCGUCACCAAGUCCAAGUUCGACAACCUUUACGGCUGCCGUGAGUCCCUUGUCGACGGUAUCAAGCGUGCUACCGAUGUCAUGAUUGCUGGCAAGGUCGCCGUCGUUGCCGGUUUCGGUGAUGUCGGUAAGGGUUGCGCCAUGGCCCUCCACGGCAUGGGUGCCCGUGUCCUCGUUACCGAGAUUGACCCCAUCAACGCUCUCCAGGCUGCUAUGGCCGGUUACCAAGUCACCACCAUGGAGAAGGCCGCCAAGGUCGGUCAAAUCUUCGUCACCACCACCGGUUGCCGUGAUAUCCUCACUGGCGAGCACUUCGAGGCUAUGCCCAACGACGCCAUCGUCUGCAACAUUGGUCACUUCGAUAUCGAGAUUGACGUUGCUUGGCUCAAGGCCAACGCCAGCUCUGUCCAGAACAUCAAGCCCCAGGUUGACCGUUUCCUCAUGCCCAACGGCCGUCACAUCAUCCUCCUUGCUGAGGGUCGUCUUGUCAACCUUGGCUGUGCUACUGGCCACUCUUCUUUCGUCAUGUCUUGCUCUUUCACCAACCAGGUCCUUGCCCAGAUCAUGCUGUACAAGGCCGCUGACAAGGCUUGGGGUGAGAAGUAUGUCGAGUUCGCCAAGACCGACAAGCUCGACGUCGGUGUCUACGUCCUCCCCAAGAUCCUCGACGAGGAGGUCGCCCGUCUCCACCUCGACCACUGCCAGGCUGAGCUCAGCACCCUCAGCAAGGUCCAGGCUGAGUACCUCGGCCUCACCGUCGAGGGUCCCUUCAAGGCCGAUAUCUACCGCUACUAA